AUGGUGAGCCAUUCCACGUUUGCCAUCGCUGCCAUCCCACGACCGACCAGUGAGCCAAGAGGGCGCCUCAUGUCUAAUGGGCCUGUUGAGGCUCCGAAACAGGGCGGGUGUGGGCAAAUCCAAGACACAUUUCAAGACAUAUCAACGUCAACGGGCUUUUCGCCGAGAGGUGUCACGGAUGUUUUGUUCCCAGCAAUUGUCACCUACAUACACUACAAUCCAUGUCCUGUCGCUGGCGUGGUGGGGAAGGAGGGGCCCGAGCAGGAUACUCGAACGAGCGAUGUUGAUUACACUGGCCCCGCAACAGGCCCUGUCACCGCGCCGACUUUGUUGGGAACACCAGACCGAACCACUGAACGACCUUGCAGACACUGCGUAGCUCUCAUCCAGCCCAGCGUUCCGGAUGGAUGGCAGGGUUCGCAGCACCAAUUGGUCAGUCAAACAGCCUGGAACGUCGGCCGUACAAGCCCGCCAAUCAGCAGAGCUGCUCAGGGUGACAGCACCCGUGUAUCAACCAUCUUGUGCGUGGUUUUUGACCCUAUGCAAUGGUAG